GUGUGUAGCAUAGUACAUAUGUCAAAUUUGUUAAAAGAUUCGCUCCAACCAGGGAGCCUUUCUUCUAUUUCUCUAACAGGUGUAGAUAACUAUACUGGACUCAUAUUUUUUGCAAAGAUAUUGAAAUAGACAGAGACUUCUACUUGAGAGAGAAAUGGUUCUCUACUUCAGUUUGUGAUGAAAGUCUGGAUGAACUCCCAAAAAGGGAUUAGCCACACAUAAGGUUAGGGAGUUAAUCCCGUUCAGGACUAGCGCACAGGAACACAACGCUGAUGAAUCUCACUUAGUUCUCCAUCAAUCUUCCUCUUGACGGACGCCAUACCAACAAGUGGCCCAUUAUGUUCAACUACGGAACGGACGAGGAUCUCCAGGACAAGGUCUAUAUCCUUGUUACUGGCGCAAACAGUGGUCUCGGAUUCUCGAUAUGCUGUCGUCUAGUCGAUGAAUUCCUCAGCUCUCCUCAACGCACAAACCAAUCCCUAACCCUCAUCUUCACCACCCGAAGCCCCAAGAAAGGGAACGAUACCCUCCUCCGCCUCCAGGACCAUCUCCGCAAAACCUCCGCAACACCCGCCCCCACCAGAAAGGUAAACUUCAUCCCGGAGAGCGUAGACCUAAACAACCUCGUCUCCGUCCGCGCCCUUUCCCGCCGCCUGAACGAUGAAUGCCCCAAACUCGACGCCAUCGUGCUCAAUGCCGGCAUUGGCGGCUGGUCAGCCCUGAACUGGCCGCGAGCCAUCUGGGGCAUCUUCACCGACCUCGUCCACGAAGUUUCUUGGCCCUCAUACAAGAUCGCCCCCGCUGGCAUGGUAACAGACUUUCAGACCACAACGCUAGCAGCCCAAGAGCCCCGUCUGGGCUCCGUCUUCUGCGCAAAUGUGUUCGGCCACUACAUGUUAGCGCACAAUGUCAUGCCCUUGCUGCGACGGUCAGGACAACCCAAUGGCCCCGGCCGCAUCAUCUGGGUCUCCAGCAUAGAAGCCACGGUGAAGAUGUUCGACAUCGAUGACAUCCAGGGUCUCCGGACUUCAGUGCCUUACGAAUCUUCCAAGGCGUUGACCGACGUCUUGGCGCUAACGGCCGAUCUCCCCAGUACCAAGCCCUUCGUGAAGAGUUUCUACUCCGUCGACGAUAAUAGAACAUAUAACAGUGGAUUUGGAAGACCUAGAAUAACUAAUGAUGAUAACUCGGCCCCGAAUACGUACCUCUCUCACCCCGGGGUCUGUGGUACGAGUAUCAUCCCGCUCGCCUGGCCGCUCUUUUACUCAAUGCUUGCUGUCGGCUUCCUUGCCCGGCUGCUCGGGUCCCCCUGGCAUACGGUGUCGACUUAUCUGGGCGCCUGUGCUCCUGUAUGGCUGGCGUUGUCCGCUCAGUCUGUCUUGGACACGGCUGAGUCGCUGUAUCGGCAGAAUGGCGGUGGCAGAGCGAAAUGGGGUUCGUCCAGCAACUGGCUUGGCAAGGAUACUGCGGCAUCUACUGAAGUGGACGGAUGGGGGUAUGGUGGUGUUGUUGGCCCCGCUAUUGUGGAUGAGGAUCGGUUGCGUCGGCGCAAAAGAGGCGCGGUGGACCUUACAGCGGAGGCGAAGGAAGACUUUGAGGAGCUGGGGAGAAAGUGCUGGCAGAAAAUGGAGGAGCUGAGAAUUGAGUGGGAUAAAAUUCUUGAUUUGGAUGAAGUAAGCCCUGAUGAUUUUGGUCUGGGGUUCUGAUUUCCUAGAAAAGACAUCUCGGCUUGUAUAUGAUACGAUAGAUACCAUGUCAAUUUUCGCAUGUAUAAUUUCUUGUGCAAGGUGCAGGCCGUUCGCUAAUCCCUUCUUUCAAAGAUGCAUAACUGCAUUGUAUUCUUUUGUUUUCCUGAUUCUGCCUCCCAUAUUUACAUUCCUUAAACCCCGUGUCCACAUACAUCAUUAAGAUCCGAUAGAGUAUUUGCCCAAUUGCCCACCAUCCCCUAAGGAAGCAGACACGGUGCAACAAAAAGCACGAACGUGUUAGCAAGACUGAAAUGAAGAAACACAGGAUUAAAUGGUUUCAGAGCAAUGUCAAAGAAGAUAGAACAUAAAAGAAAAGAUGCGACGCAAGGCAGUCGACGGGU